AGCUCUUUCUGCAAGAAUCCCCAAGAACUCGAGUGGCUCUGUAUCCCUCUUCCGAGGGCUAUAACAAGCUGCUGAAGGGUUGGAGGACAACGGAAGAGAGUCGGAAUUACGUCGUCGACGGACGGAAAAGUGGGUGAUCUGUCAAUCUAAGAUUGCCCUUGCAUUGCCACGUGUAUUAUGAUUGUAUCGAAUAGGGUCGGUUCGAUCUCGUUGAUCGCACACACGAUUGGAAAUUCAGUCCACGGUUCUAACAAAACUCUUUUUUCUCCCGUUCGCCCUGUUUAUCCGACCAUCGUCGAUUGAACAGCAAAGCUCAGCAAGACUGGAAGCCAGGUCGAGAAUAUGAACGUUGCUGCACUGUUACAAGAUUCACCUUCGGAUGAUAGACGGAGGAAUAAUACGAGCGGGAACAGUAACAGCAGCAACAGUGGUAACAACCACAGUACUAUCCAGCAGCAGAGCACACAUUCACGGAUGUCAGAGUCAGCGUCGCAGAAUGGGAGCAAUCCUGGAUUAGGUGGUUGGCGGAGAAUAGAGGAUGGGGUCAGUGGAAGUGGAACGAACUCACCAGGAUUGACAAAGAAUAGCUCCUUACCGAUGCAACAGAUGGCACAAGGAGCUGCACAUGGACAUGGAUUGGCAACGACAAUGAGGCAGCCUACACUUGCAUCAGCUUCUUCUACUUCACCAGUUCUUUCACGGUUAAAUACACACCGUCGAACCUUAUCCCAUCCCACGCCUCCACAACAACCUUCACCUUCACCUUCGCUACCGCCCGCGUCCACCCCCACAGUCGGGUCUCGGGGCGGUGUAUAUGGACCGGCAACGGGACGCCCCGUCUCUGGCGCACUCGGGCCGGAUGCACGUGGCGAACAGGCUCGAAUGGCUGAUUCUGCUCUUGCUCUUCCUCGUCGCGAAUCGUAUCGAGAAAUGGACAGAGAAAGAGACCGAGAAAAAGAGCAGCCGAGAAUCUUGAAUAUCAUGGAUUGGCAGGGGGAGAGAGACAGACCCAAGAGCGGGGAAGAACGCGAUAGACCACCCGUGUCCAGAAGACCUUUGGUUGGGGGAGGACUUGAAGACUUGGCAUCGAGCACUCUGCCGCCACCCAAGAGCCACUCCCACUCUCCCAUCAUGCGUGCAACGAGCAGUAGACGCUCAAGUAGCUCAGGCGGUCCCUUUGUCGAUGAAUCAGUUCAAGAAAACGAUGCUGAACAUAUCAGACUACCUGUUCGACGACACGGUAGCAGUAGACCGGGAUCUGCCCCAACUGAGACGAUCAAGCCACAUCAUUUAUCCGGACCGCCGCCUCCGCGCACUGGAGAUUUUUCUUACCAUGCUAAUUUUCAACCUCCAUCUCAUCCUCAUCACUUUGUACCUGCUGGAGGUCCUGUUUCUGCUUCAAUUCCUGCACCUGCUCCAGGGCCUGGCACACUUUCUCUUGUCCCUCCUCAACAUCAACAAUCUCAUCAGCAACACCAGCUAGCUCAGGCUCAGGCUCAGCAGCAGCAAAUUCACGUCAACGCUCAGGGGCCGGCUCCCAUACAUACUGGAACUUCUCCUACUGGUUCUAGCACAGGUGUCAUGGAACCUAGAGGAGGAAUCAUACUCAAUCUCAAUGGUCCGGUGCCAAACGGACCUCCGCAGAAGCAGUUUCAAAACCAGUUUCAUACGCAGUUUUUGCCCGGGCUACAGCUAGCACAGUCCGCGCAACCACCUCUUUCGCAACCAAUAGAACGGGAGCGUGGACAUGACAGGGACAGAGAACGAGACAGAGAGAAAGAAUGGGAACGAGACGAACGGGACAUGCGCGAGCGAGAACUAGAAAGAGAGAUGUACUCCCAUCAUCGUUAUCCAUCGCAACCUCAUCAUCUGCCCAGCAAUCACACUUCCAGGCGAGGAUCACCUAUUCCUGCACACAACACCGGUGUCUCAGCGCCGGAUCGCGAGCGCGACAGAGAAAGGCAAAGAUAUGUUCCUCCACCACCACCUCCAUCAGCUCCCAUGGCCUCAUCUUCCCGUCGUUAUAACACCUCUAGUGUCCCGCCUCCAUCUGCAUCCAUGGGCAACUUUAGUAGUAGGGAAAAGGAGUUGCGAGACUUUUGAUCGAGAACGAGAAACGCGUGAACGUGAACGCGAGCGGGACUUUCGUGAGAGAGAGCGGGAGCAGCAGCAGCAACGGAACAGGGAAAGAGAUGGAGGUUAUCGGAUUA